GCCCUCCAAACUUGGGAUGUCGAUGCCAUCUUCAAUGCCCACCCCCGCCUCUCCAUCUGGUACGUCCCCACCAAGCUCCGCCAGCUUUGCCACGCGGAACGUAGCAAGGCUUCAGCACCUACCUCCUCCUCUGUUUCGGUUUCCAUUCCCGCCACUGCUUGCUCCCAUCUCCCGCUGUAACAGGAGCUUAAAGGAGUCCUUUAGUGGGCCCAGGCCGCCCCGGCCACAGACGACAACGCCGCCGGCGAUCCCUUCUCGCCACCAUCCCCGGUCGUCGCCGGUUGUUCCCGAUGAUUGCCACAGCGACUGCGAUUCAUCUUCCUCCGUCGUCGAAGACGGGGACUACGAAAACUUCGUCUCCUCCUCUUUCAGAAAGCCGCUCCCUUUCGACCUCAACAUGCCGUCGCCGAUAGACGGCGUCGAUGCCGAAGCCAACGAUCUUCACUGCACAGCUCUAUGUCUCUGACGGACGGCAGCGGCAGCGGCGGUGCCGGCGGCUCAUCUUGGCUUCCUUAUCAUCAAUGGAAGCCAAAUUGAUUGUGUAGUAUUUACUUGAUUUUUUAUUUUCCUUUUUUUAUUGCCGGGGAAAAAGGAUGGUGACAAAAAAAAAAAAAAAAAAAAAAAAAAAAAAAACAAGAAAAUCCCAAAUCAUCCUUUAGAACUAAAAUUAAACUACGAUGAUAAAAGGGUCAGGUUAUGAGUCUGUUGUUUGAAGAGAAUUCACUUUUUUAAAAAUUUUAAUUUACUUCUGAGAUUAUAAUUCUGAUGAUAAUCAUGAUGGGUUGGAUC